GGCGAUAUAAGGAUAAUGCUAACAAAAAUGCUUGCUCAUGAGCUUAAUCGUUUGUGUUGCAAUAUCUUUCUCUGCACUCUCUCUGAAAGACAAAGAGUGCACACGAGGUUGGGCAGAGGACUUUCUUUACCUUCCCGAUGAAAACUCUCUGGAUCCAUCUAUCACUCUAUAGAUACAUCUAUGGAUUAUGAGCUAAGAUAGCUUGAUUCUUCAAAUGCUUCUAGCUAGCUGCUGCAAGUCACUGGGGCUAAACCCCGCUUUGUUGAGAGAGAUGAAAGGCACUGCCAUUACUGCACCAAAUCUAAUCUUAAUUGCAUCUGCAUGUUAUUAUAGAGAGAAGGAAAUUAAGCAGCGAUCAAAUCGAGGUGUAAAAAAAGGGUACAUCUUUUUCCUCUCUCUAGGGCUAUACGCCGCUAGAGCUCUUUUCCUCCGUUUCCGUCGAGGACAAAGAACGGACGUCCACUAGGUGUCAUCAUCAUGGUUUUGCGGUGAUUUAUUGGAGGUGGUCCGCAGGCCGCGGUUGUUUUCGUUUAGGGCUACAUGGCUUUUGUUGAUCGGAACGAAGGAAGGUGAUCAACAGAGAGCAUCGUCAAUCUCCAACUUGGCCAUCGCGGAGGCAGAAUCAAUGGGAAGGGGCGAUAGUCAGCGGCUAGAAGCAGAGAUUUUGAAUGGGAACCAUUGUUAAUUUAAUCAGCACAACAGAUGAAGAUUAGCGAGGAGACCGAGGAAUUGGACCUGGAUGAGGAAGUGGUUGAUGAGGAUGCAGCGGUGGAGAUCCGACCGACGUUUCCGGUGGUUGGGGCUGUACUAACGGAUAGGAGAAUCAAGUUUCAAAUUUUCAAGAAUCUUAUGGCUUCACUGUGGAGACCAGGUAAGGGGGUGUCCAUUAAAGAGAUCCACGAGAAAAAGUAUCUCUUUACUUUCGAUCAUAGUGUGGAUAUGAAACGUGUUUUAGAUGGUGGACCGUGGUCAUUUGAAAAGAAUUUGCUGAUAUUGAAAGAAGUUAAACCUGAUGACAUUCCUCUUAAAAUCGAACUUAAUGAGACAAAAUUUUGGGUGCAAGUUCAUAAUGUUUCUUAUAGUUUGAUGAACCUGUGUACGGCUAGAGGUGUUGGUAAUUAUAUUGGCAUUUUUGUUAAAUAUGAUAUGAUGAUGAUCACUUUGAGGGGAAAUGAGAAGCUUAUCUGUGUGUAAGAGUUUGUUUGGAUGUGCGCAAACCUUUUAAGAAGGGAACAUCUCUUAAGAAAGCAGGUGUUGGGCACUAGGUUGAUUUCAAGCAUGAAUUGUUGCCCAAUUUUUGUUUUAUUUGUGGGACUCUUGGUCAUUCUGAUAAAUUUUAUCCUGUAACUUAUGAGGACAAUUUGGUAUUAGAAAAAUCAUUAUGGACUAGUCUGAGAGCAGGUGUGGGGUGAAGACCAGUCCUACAGGAGGGAACAAAUGGUUGGUGAAGGGCUCAUCCAUCACAACCCAUAGUCGCUCUUUUCAUGAGAAUUCUAGGGGGAGGAGGGCUCAGAAGAAGGACAUGGCUGGAAGAAUUCUAUGAUUGGCACCGGGAAUUAUAGUAUAACUAAGGAUGGAGACUUGGAUAGCACUCAAGAAGUGUCAAAAGUAUAGAAGAGAAGAAGAAUCUGGGAAGAACGGGAGCAGGAAGGGCUAAGCAAGGACUCUAUGGCGGCGGAUAAGACAAAAAAUGGGGAGGAGGCGGGCUUAGAUGCCUAGGCCCGCCGAAGACGCAUUUUCUAGUAGCGGUUUCAAGAUGCCUUUUCGGCCUAGUGCUUUGGAAGUUGCAAUAGAGAUUUGUGUUAUUGUUAUCUUGUUUUCCUCGAGACUGAGUACUUUGUUUUUUGUUAGUCUUUUUUAUCUGCAUUGUAAGACUUUGAGUUUGGAUUUGGGUGACAGGAGGACCGUGUUUUCCGUCUUUGGCUCAGUUGCGC